AUGCAGCCGCAGCAAGCCUACGACUUCUCCAGUGAAGAGAACAGUCCCAAAUGGCGAGGCCUCUUCGUCCAGGCGCUUCGCAAGGUGCAGCUGCAGGUGCACCCUAACCUGUCAGCUAAAGAGGAUGCUCUGCAGCAUAUAGAGGAGCUGAUCCUGCAACUACUCAACAUGCUGUGUGUGGCACAGCCCCGCACCAUCUCUGACGUGGAGGAACGCAUUCAGAAGACAUUUCCAUAUCCCAUUGAUAAGUGGGCUAUAGCAGAUGCCCAGUCAGCCAUUGAAAAACGCAAGAGAAGAAACCCUCUACUGCUACCUGUGGACAAAAUACACCCCUUACUCAAGGAGGUGCUGGGCUAUAAGAUUGACUACCAUGUCUCCUUAUAUAUCGUGGCCGUACUGGAGUAUAUAUCAGCUGACAUCCUCAAACUGGCCGGGAACUAUGUGGGAAACAUUCGCCACUACGAAAUCAGUCAACAAGACAUCAAAGUGUCCAUGUGCGCAGACAAGGUCUUAAUGGACAUGUUUGACCAGGAUGAGGACAUGGGACUGGUCGCUCAGGGCUUGGAGGAGCCGUCCUCGUCAGGUGAGCUGACCUACGACGACCUGGUGCGGCUGGAGAUCGCGGAGGAGCGACAGUACCUCCGAGAACUCGACCUCAUCAUCAAAGUGUUCCGCCAGGCGUUCCUGUCCAACGGCAAACUCUUCAGCGCGCAGGAUGUGGAGAUAAUCUUUAGUAAUAUCUUGGACAUCCAUGAGCUGACGGUGAAGUUGCUGGGUCUGAUAGAGGAUGCUGUAGAGAUGACUGCAGACGGCAGUCCUCAUCCUUUGGUGGGCAGCUGCUUUGAAGACCUGGCAGAGGAGCAAGCUUUCGAUCCGUAUGAGACGCUGUCACAGGAUAUCCUGUCCAAACAGUUCCAGGAACACUUCAGCAACCUGAUGACCCGCCCCACUGUGGCGCUACACUUCCAGUCAAUUGCUGAUGGCUUCAAAGAGGCGGUUCAGUAUGUUCUCCCCCAGCUGAUGAUGGUCCCAGUGUACCACUGCCUACACUACUUUGAACUGCUGCAGCAACUGCAGGAGAGGAGUCAGGAUCAGGAUGACAGAGAGUGUUUGAAACAAGCCAUCACAGCACUGCUUAAUCUGCAGAGCAGUGUGGAACGCAUCUAUACCAAACACCAGCCACGCCGCAAACCAGGUGAGCCCAUGCACAGGUUGUACAGCCGACACGUGCGCAGCAAACAGCUCGCCAUCAAACGCAUGAACGACAUCCAGAAGAGCAUCGACGGCUGGGAGGGAAAAGACAUCGGCCAGUGCUGCAGCGAGUUCAUCCUGGAGGGUCCGCUGCUCCGCGCGGGCGCCAAACACGAGCGUCACAACUUCCUCUUCGACGGCCUCAUGAUCAGCUGCAAGGCCAAUCAGAGCUCGCGGCUCCCGGGAGCAGGCAGCGCCGCGGAGUACAGGCUGAAGGAGAAGUUCGUGUUGCGCAAAUACCGCAUCGUGGACCGCGACGACACGCCCGAAACGCGCCACGCCUUCGAACUGGUCGGGCGGGAAGAGAGCUGCGCCGUUUUUUGCGCCCGUUCGGCGGAAGAGAAGACCAACUGGAUGGCCGCGUUGGUGACGCUGCAGUAUCGCAGCACUCUGGAACGCAUGUUGGACGCGGCGCUUCACGACGAGGAGCAGGCCCAACCGCUGCGUCUCCCCUCCCCCGAAAUCUACCGUUUCGCCGUACAGGACUCUGAGGAGAACAUUGUGUUUGAGGAGCGCGUGCAGAGUAAGACCGGCAUCCCCAUCAUCAAAGCCGGCACGGUGGUCAAACUCAUCGAGAGGCUCACCUAUCACAUGUAUGCAGAUCCAAACUUUGUACGAACUUUUUUGACCACAUACCGCUCCUUCUGCAAGCCCCAGGAGCUCCUCACGCUGCUUAUUGAAAGAAUCGACAUCCCUGAGCCAGAGUCCACGGAGGCAGACAGUCAGGCUCUUUGGAAUGGAGAUCAGCCAAUGGCUGAGCUCCAGAGGUUCCGCCGAGAAUAUGUGCAGCCUGUGCAACUCAGAGUCCUGAAUGUUUUUCGUCAGUGGGUUGAGCACCAUUUCUACGACUUUGAGAAUGAUCCAGAACUUCGCUGCAGACUAGAGGAAUAUAUCACCAGCAUUAUCCAGUUCAGAGGCAAAUCGAUGAGAAAGUGGGUGGAGUCGAUCCAUAAGAUCAUUAAACGCAAGAUGCAGACGCAGUCCAAUGGCAUCAGUCAUAACAUUACCUUUGAAAGCCCUCCUCCACCUAUUGAGUGGCACAUCAGUCGCGUGGGUCAGGUGGAGACCUUUGACCUUAUGACCCUUCACCCCAUUGAGAUUGCCCGUCAGCUCACGUUGCUGGAAUCAGAACUCUACAGAGCGGUGCGGCCGUCUGAGCUCGUGGGCAGUGUUUGGACCAAAGAGGAUAAAGAGAAAAACUCUCCCAACCUGCUUCGUAUGAUCCGCCACACCACCAACCUCACCCUGUGGUUUGAGAAGUGUAUAGUGGAGGCUGAGAACCUAGAAGAGAGAGUGGCUGUAUUUACUCGUAUAAUAGAAAUCCUGCAAGUCUUUCAGGAGCUCAACAACUUCAAUGGUGUUCUGGAAAUUGUCAGUGCCAUUAACUCAGUGCCUGUAUACCGUCUGGACCACACUUUUGAGGCUGUUCCAGAGAGGAAGAGGAAAAUUCUGGAGGAAGCUGUGGAGUUGAGUCAGGACCACUUUAAGAAAUACCUGGCCAAACUCAAAUCCAUCAAUCCUCCCUGCGUGCCUUUCUUUGGUAUCUACCUGACCAACAUCCUUAAGACAGAGGAAGGGAACCCCGACUUCCUGAAGAGCCACGGAAAAGAACUCAUCAACUUCAGCAAGCGGCGGAAAGUGGCCGAGAUCACGGGAGAGAUCCAACAGUACCAGAACCAACCCUACUGCCUUAAAGUGGAGUCAGACAUCAGGCGGUUCUUUGAGAACCUGAAUCCUAUGGGUAAUAUGAGUGAGAAGGAGUUCUCUGACUACCUGUUCAACAAGUCUCUGGAAAUCGAGCCACGCAACUGCAAGCAGCCGCCACGAUUCCCCAGGAAGACUCAGUACCCACUCAAAUCCCCAGGCAUCCGACCGGUGCGACACACAUCCACCUCAGGCACAUUGCGUUGUCACCCUGUGCCUCUGGAGAGGGAACCCCCACACAAGAUCACCUUCAGGAGCAUCGCCGAAACCGAGCCCGAGAUCUCCGCCUCGGCUUCUGUGCCCACCUCCCCCAACACCCCCACCCCCCCACAGUCAGCCUCCUCUGAUCUCAGUUCAGUUUUCAUGGACCAUGAUCUCAGCAGCUCCUAUGGUAAUAACAGCAUAUUUGCUCCGGUUCUCCUCCCACCCUCCAAGUCCUACUCUGCGUCGUGUGGCAGUCUACAUCAGCUGGGUGAUGAGCCACUCAAACCCCCUCCACUACCUCCACGCAGGAAGGAUGGCUUCUCAGAAGUCAAGCAGAACUCCAGGUCUGACAGUCCUCCAGCCAUACCACCCAGGCUCCCUCCUCCUCUGCCCCGUAUCCAGCCUCGCGUGCCAGUCUACAACGGCCCCAGAGAGGGGCCUCUUCCCACACCCCCUUCCUCUUUUCCACGGGAUCCCCUUCCCGACACCCCUCCUCCCGUCCCGCAGAGACCCCCCGAAAUCUUCAUCAACUACCCCGUCAACCUUCAGCCCUCUCCCGUGGAUCGUUUCCAGUGGGAGUUCUCCAGUUUGCCCAGCCCUCCGAGUACGCAGCCGGGCACGCCCUCCCCGCGCGUGCCGCGCCGAUCUUGCCCGGUCAGCGGCAGUCAGACCAGCCUGUGCCACCUGCCGCUGCCCAACACCGCGCCGCCCGUGCCGCCGAGGCACAACUCCAGCCCCCAGCUCCCCAAACUGCCCCCAAAGACGUACAAGAGGGAGCUCUCCCAGCCGCCACUCCAUGCGCUCUCUUUGGUGGAGAACGCGGACAGUAGCCAAUGAGAGCGCGGGUGAAACUGCGGCCGAAAGCAGAGUGUGUUGCACAG